UUGACAUGCGCAGUGGGCUACACAGAACGUUCAUAGUUCGUGAUAGGUAUUGGAUUGCACUCUGGGGAAUCUGGAAGUUGAGAAUUAGGCCUACAUUCAAAGAGUUGUACAAAUAUCGGAAAGAAUAGCUAUACGAAGUAGGCCUAGAUCGUACUACAAACGUAACACAAUAAUAACUGUCAGAUAACUGUCCUUGUUGAUUUCGGAGGGGAGAAACAGACAUGGAAGACUUCGGAACACCCCUGGACAAAAACGCUACGGAGUUAACCGUUAUGGACGUCUAUGACAUUGCCGCGGUUGUGGGAAAGGAGUUUGAACGCAUUAUCGAUCAGUUUGGAUGCGAGGCUUCACUGCGGCUGAUGCCCAAAGUGGUCCGGGUUCUGGAAGUUCUAGAGGUGCUGGUCACCCGAAACAAUAUCAACCCAGAGACGGAGGAGCUACGGCGUGAGCUGGACAGGUUGCGAAUGGAACGGAAUGACAGAUUGAAGAAAGAGCAGCUACAUCAAAAGGAGUUGGAGCUGGUGGAAGACGUGUGGAGAGGGGAGGCCCAAGACCUGCUGUCUCAGAUCACACAACUGCAGGUGGAGAAUAAGAGCCUUCGGAAGAGCCUCUCCCUAAAAGACUCACCUGUGACUGAGGACCUGCAGAGACAGGAGGGUGUGUCAGAGAGAGAGUGUCAGGUGAUGAAGAAGCUAAAGGAGGUGGUAGACAAACAGAGGGAUGAGAUCCGGGAUAAGGACCAUGAGCUGAAACUCAAGAACGAGGACCUGGAGGCGCUUCAGCUGCAGCAGCACCAUCUGAUGAAGAUCAACCUGGACCUGCGACACAGGAUCAGUGUGGUAGAGGCUCAGGGCAAGGCAGUGAUCCAACAGAAGGCUGAGCUGGAGGCUAUGUCCCAGGCGCGCCAGCAGGAGCUCGGGGCCCUGCGUCGGGAGGUGGCAAGGCUGAAGGAGGAGCGCAAAGAGUGGGAGCUGGACAUGAAGAGGUCAGCCGAGGAGGAACCAUCCCCCUCAAAGUCUGUGAUGACAGUGCUUACACCAGUAUCGGCCAAGUCCUUGGUACUAGCAUCAGCAGCCUCCGUCGUACACAAUUCUUUUUGGGCGGAAUGCAGAAGUGACCAUGAAUUCCUGGCACAGUGCUUUGAGUCAGGAGAGAGCCCUCCUGUCCUCUCGCUGUGUGACAAGGACCAGGAGGAGGAACCUGAUGUCCUGGACCAGAAGGAGUCCGACAGGCCCCACUUCACCCUCGAGGAGCUACGGGACGUCCUGAAGGAGAGGAACGAACUCAAAGCUCAAGUGUUCAUGCUGAGAGAGGAGCUCAUCUAUUACAAAAGUGAGGAGUUGGAGAAUGAGAUAUACGGCAUCGACUUGGAUCCAUCACUUCAGUCACAGCCUGCAGCCACUGAACAGCCUGACUCAGGGAUCAAACGUCUGAUAUUCACUGCAGUAAUGCCGAUGGUAGCAGCAGGGCUGAUUGCAGACGAUCCAACGUUACAGCCGAUCAGACGACUUAUGUCCUGUGUUUAGCAUCUUCUCUGGAGAAAAGAGGCGACCAGAGGAAGUGAUUUGUUAUUUGCACGCAGAGCAGGCUCAGGAGGCACUGAAGCAUCCAUAACCAGGGACCUACACUGAAUGCACAAAACAUUAGGAACACCUGUACUUUCAUGACAGACUGACCAGGUGAAUCCAGGUGAAAGCUAUGAUCCCUUAUUGAUGUCACCUGUUAAAUCCACUUCAAUCAGUGUAGAUGAAAGGGAGGAGACAGGUUAAAGAAGGAUUUUAAACCUUUAGAUAAUUGAGACAUGGAUUGUGUAUGUGUGUCAUUCAGAGGGUGAAUUGGCAAGACAAAAUAUUUAUUUGCCUUUUGAACGGGGUAGGGUAGUUAGUGUCAGGCGCAUCAGUUUGAGUGUGUCAAGAACUGCAACGCUGCUGGGUUUUACCAUGCUCAACAGUUUCCUGUGUGUAUCAAGAAUGGUCCACUGCCCCAAAGAACAUCCAGCCAACUUUACAACUGUGGGAAGCACUGGAGUCAACAUGGGCAAAAUCCCUGUGAAUGCUUGACACCCUGCAGUCCAUUGAAGCUAUUCAGAGGGCAAUAAGGGGGUACAACUCAAUGUACACUUGAGUGUAUAAUGUCCCAUGCUGGUGGUCUCCAAGUAAAAACAUGAAGAGCUUCAUGCCAAGAGGGAUUGUCAGGACAAAGUUGUCUUGUGGGGACAAUGGAGAGAUGGAUUCAGGAGAGAAUAAAGUGCAAUAUGAGAGAGAUCCUGUGCCUUUUGAAUUCAUUUUUAGUUGUGCAGACUAUGGUGCUUUAUACUAGCAAUAAGUAUUAGUGUAACUUCAGAGAUUGCUCACAUGUUUAUUUGAACUAUAAAAGCAAACUUAUACCAAGUCUGAUGAGGCGUGAUAUAACUAUUGGCCAUAUUGAAAUUGUAUUUAUGUUAACAUUUUAUUUUGACUAUGCUGCACUUGAGUUUCCUAGUGUCUGAAUAAAAAGAUGGCAUAUUGUUGA